AUGGAACCAGAAUAUCCAUUGAUAGAUUAUGUUUCAAAACUAUUUCCAAAGAAACAAAAACCAGAAAAAACAACAUUUAGAAAACCAAUAUCAUUAUUAAAAAGAGAACAAAAAGUAAAAGAAAAAGUAAAAGAAAGUAAACAACAACAACAACAUCAACUUGGUGAAAGAAAACAAGAAGAAAGAAAAGGAAAAGGAAAAGGUCAACAACAACAACAACAAAAAUUAAAAGUACCACUACCAUCACAACUUUUAGAGGGAUUGGAGGAUAAUGAAGAGAUUCCAAAUUUUCAAGAAACUCAUAACCUACUUGCUAGUCGUUUAAAAUCAACUAGACAACAACAAAAAGAAUCAAAUUCCUUUAUUGUUGAAUCAAGGGAUCAUUUUGAAAAAAAGAAAAAACAAAAUAAUAAUCAAAAUAAUAAUAAUAGAAGAAAUAAUAAUAAUAAUAAUAAUAAUAAUAAUAAUAGUAGUAGGAAAAAUAGUAGUAAAUCAGUUUCAAAGGAAGUUAUUGAUUUUGAUAGAAUUUUAAAAAAUAAUUAUUCUACUUUUAAUAAUAAUACUAGUAGUAGUAGUAGAAGUAACCCUAACCUUGGCUAUUAUAUAGGAACUAAUUUAAAUCAUUUUUCAACUAUAAACUAUUUAAGGAAUUUAACAAAGUUAUUUAAAUAUAAUAGUAGUAGUAAUAAUAAUAGUAGGAGAAGUAGAAGUAGAAGCAGUAGUGGUCUUCGUUAUCCUCGUAGUUCUGGUCGUCAAAGUUCAAAACCUUCGGACCGUUUAAACGAGUUGUUACUUUGUUUACAUUUACAAUGCAAGACAUUCAAGAAUCAAUGUAUAGAUGGUGUACAUGUCUUUGCGUUUAGGUCAAGACGAGGAAGAAUCAAGCAUGACAGUGACUACCACAGCAAGCCAUGCGAACGAAUAGAUCCCUCUAUCGAGUGUCCUGGAUGUGCUCGAUUUUCCGUUAAAGAAGGGAAGGCUUGUCCUCAUCAAGGCUGCAAAAGAACCUACCUCGGCACCAAACAUGUAAAUUGUCUUCAAUCACAUAGAGACUGUCCUAAAUCUUGCAAGAUUUGCAUUGAUUUAAAAUCACAUAGUGAAUACAAUAGUCUUAUAACUAGAAAUAGAACUAGAAGGAAUAAUAAUAAUAAUAAUAAUAAUAAUAAUAAUAAUAAUAAUAAUAAUAAUAAUAAUAAUAAUAAUAAUACUAAUAAUAAUAAAAGUAGUGAUAGUGAUGACAGUGACAGUAGUGGAGAUAGUGAAAGUGAAAGUGAUAGUGAUAGUGAUAGUGAUGAUAGCAGUAGUUAUAGUGAUAGUGAAGGUAGUAGUGAUGGUAGUGAUGUUAGUAGUGAUGAAAAAGCUACUACUACCACUACUACUACGACCGCUACUACUACUAAUAGUGAAAGUGAAAAGGAAUGUUAUCAUGGAUUACUACUCAAAAGAAAAUUGGUCACUAAACAACAACAAUCAUCAAUCAUGGAAACAAAGACAAAAAAGAUUAAAGAAGAUGAUGAUGAUGAUGAAGAUGAUCCAUCUUUAUCUUUAUUGAAAACAACAAUAACAAUACCAAAAUUGAAUUCAACACCACGAUUGGAAACUACUAAAAUGGAUUGUUGUAAUCCAGAUCACCAAAAACUUUGGGCUUACUCUCCUUUGGGAAUUCCUGUCAACAACAACAACAACAAUAGUACUAAUGGUUUAGAGACAGAUUCUCAGACAUCAACACAAUGUCACCAAUGUUUAAUUUGGAACAAAUAUCAUCAACCUCCAUUUACAAUGAAAGAAGUGUUUAGUGAUACUAACGUAGUAGACAACUUGGUUACAAUCGCUUCUUCGAAACAACAACUACCAUAUUCUUGGAAUCGAAUGGGUAGUACUAAAGCCGAUGGUAUCAACUUUACAAAGUACCAAUACAAUUGUAGUGUCACUGAUUGUGAAUGUAUCAAAUUGGUUCAACACUAUCCAAUCAAUCACGAUAACAAUCGUUAUAUUGAAUUGAUUAUCUAUCAAGGAGUUCAUAAUCAUCCCUCCAAUAAUAGCAAACCUCUUACUAUUAAAAUACCCUUGACUCCUACUCCACAACGUCCUCCUCCUCUUUCUCUCUUUUCAGCAUCGACAAGAACCUGUACAAACUUGGAUCACCAACAGAUUUGUAAUACAAAUCCAAUCGCUCUAUCAACUUUAUUAUUUAUUAAAAAUAAUACAAUUUGCAAACAAUGUAAACGAUUUAUUAAUGAUCAACAACAACCAACUACCGAAACUAUUCAAAUUAAUAAUAAUAAUAACAAUAUUAAUCAAAUUAAUAAUAUUGAUAUUAAUAUUAAUAAUAAUAAUAAUAAUCAUUCCCAUCCUCCUCCUCCUUCAACUACUUCAAUUAUAACUGAACCAAUCAUUGAUUAUAAUACAACAACACCAACAACAACAACAACAACAAAACAAAAUGGAUUAUCAUCAUUCAAAACCGACUCUGAACCUUUUAUUCAAAAUUUGGUUAGCAUGUUAUUAAAUGGAAUCAAAAAGGAAUAG